AUGGAGAAUAAUUUUAAUUAUGUUCGCAAGUUUCAUACUCUUUUUCUUUAUUUUUUGAUCAUUAAUGUAUAAUUAAAAAUUAACCCAAGAUAACAAUUAUAUUAUAAUCUCUCUAACUAUUUGAAGAAAUAUAUCAUCAUAAUAGUAUUAAAUAUCUGGAGAAACUAAUUAUAUAAUAUUAUUAAAUAUAUUAGUAGUCACCCAAUCCCCUAUCAACCUAAAGAUUAUUUCUUGGGGAAAGUAUUUAAUAGAUUGGAAUAUAAAUUGAGAUAUUUGAACAUUUCAACAAGUAAAAUAAAUUAUUAUUUCAUUUAGUUCAUGUAAGUGGAAAUUAUGAUGAGGAUAAUAGAUUAAAAAUCGAUACAUGUAAGAACUUCAUGAAAGCUUUUGGAGGUAAGUUAUAUCGCAUUCCUCUUGUGGAUGUGAAGUCAAAUUUGUUGGAUAAUUCAAAAUUGGUAAGGGAUGUGGAACUUGGAUACUUUAUAUUAAAAAUAACAGUUUUGUGGAGGAAAAAUUAUAAUGAAGUAACAGGAUUGAAAACUGGUGGGUUGAAUUAUAAGAAAAUUGUUAUAGGUUAAAUUGAUGUAAUUUAAUAAGGAACACUCCUAUUUUAUGUAUUAUGGGAGAAUAUCAAUAUAGGUUUAAAUAAGAAGAAUUGA